GUUGAAAGCAGAAAACAAAACAGAGGAGAGUAUGACGGUGACUGCAAGAAAAACCGCCUCUCUCUCUCUCUCUCCGUUCUCAAUUUCUCAUAUCCCUUUGUUUUCUUUUGACUUCUUCCAAUAAUAUCUCUUUCCCUUUCCCUAUUUUUACCUUUUACAAAUCAAUUUAUCAAAAUAAAACAAAUCAAAACCCAAUUUUUUCUUGUUUUCCCCGAAAUACAAACACGCCCUUCCUUUCUCUUUCUCCUUCGUCUAAACGCCGUAGUUAAACCCCCUUUUUUUCCGCACCUCCUUUCUCUCUUCUCAUUACCUAACGCAUUUCACCAAACAAUCCCCAACCCAGAUUUCUACUUCCCCUCUCACAAUUCACAAAUUCCCCAUUUUUUUUCUUCCCUCUUCUCAAUCCCAAUUAACAAAUUUCACAUUCCUUUAUUUGUUCUUAAAGGGAAAUUGGAUCCGUAUAUGGAUCAACAAGACGAAGCGAUUUCGAAAACUUCGAACUCGUUGACCUUCCCUUCGUUGACCCAUUCGGCGUGCCUCGAAAUCAGACUCUUCUACGUUCGAAUCUCACCCUGCGUCGUCAACAGCGUCCCCGAUCACCUCACCCUCUGCCACCCCCACCGUCAAAUCGGCGUUUCCUUCGUCAUCAAUGGUUCUCCGGUGCCGGCGUCGGAGCCAGCACCGAUCCCUCUCCGGCGAGACCGCGUUGACCGUGACGCCGCCGAGGUCACCUACGUCGCCACCGACAGCGUGCGUCUGAGCGGCAGCGCCGACUUCGAGGUGUAUGAGAACGAGGGAUUGUUCCUAUGCGGGUCGUUGGAGCGGUUGGACUCCGAGUGGGGAAACGGGUCGGGUUGGAGCAUGGAUUGUCAUGUGGGCCUGGAGUCCAUUGGGUCGGGGUGUUCGGCCUUUUUCAGGCCCAAACUUGGGGUUUCGGCGCCGUCGAUUGAGGUUUAUGUUGCGGGGUGUUGCUCCGGCGUGCCGGUGAUUCUGAGCAAGACGAUUCAGAUGAGUCCCCGGAGGAGAGUUCCCAGGCAUGCCACGUUGGAUGCUAUUCCUGAAGAUGAGGAAAUGAUGGAGAAGAACCGCACUGGUGUCAACGGUUUCAUUCAUCAUCGGAAAUUGCAGCUAACGGGGUCUGAAGUUGAUGAUUAUGAUUCUGAUGAGAAGAUGGGGAAUGGUUUCUACUCUCAAGAGAUGUAUCCUGACGACGACGGACAACUCUCAUGGUUCAAUGCUGGUGUUAGAGUUGGCGUUGGAAUUGGCCUUGGGAUGUGUGUUGGGAUUGGAAUCGGUGUUGGAUUGCUCAUGCGUUCAUAUCAAACGACAACCAGAAAUUUCAGGAGGAGAUUUUUCUAAGCAGUGAUAAGGAAUUCACUACUCUAGCAGUAAUAAGGAGUUCACUACUCUAGUCUAACGACAGGAGCGAGAAAACAUACUGGAGUUCAAUCAAAGGUGGGACAUUCCUGGAGGAGGAACCUCUGAAUUGAAAUUUCAACAAGUUGAAUGCAUGAAGCGCAAGUUUUGUAGAUGAGUGGAGGUUACUAGUGCAUCGUUUUGUUUUGUAGCUUUCCUCAUGAUACCUUCAUGUAUCAUGUAGACUUGCAGAUUUCCAUUUCAUGUAAAUUGUAUCUGAUCCUCCCACAACAAUAGAUAUCAAUAAAAGAGCAAUACAACAGCUUUGAGGAUGUGGUGUGCCAGCAGAAUCUGGUGUUCAGUGACCAGCAUAAGGUCCAGAGGUUUUGAGUUUUGACUAUGAGCAUGUACCGAGGUGUUACUGUUUGUUGGCUUGUAGAUAUAUAUUGUCAUUUGAUACAAAUUUUGAUAAGUAUAAAUAUAUAUUUCUGUUCCAAUGGUGAAUGGAUUUUUUUAGCACUAUUUUCCCUUUCCAGAAAGAUUAUUUCUAAUUUGUUUCAACAAUUGUAAGUUUUAUACGUUUAUUCUGGAAAUUUUAAGCUUCUGUCACGAGUCACGACCAUAGAACGCUGAUAAUUUGAUGAAACUUCCCUGGUAAAAAAACAUGGCUCAACAAGAUGAAACAGGUUCGCGUGUAUUUGUUUUCAUGGUCAAUAAAUUAUAAUAUAUUUAC